AACACCUCUAAAAGAGGAACGGCAACACAGGAGGGGAUAGAUCAGAAAUCAUUCAGAAUUGGGUUUUCCCCUUUCUCGGUCGUCUUCCUCACGAAGGAGCCUUCCGACGAGCUGUUCGUCCGUCUCGCUCGGCAGCGACACCCUGUCCGCGUGCUCCGUCCCGGCAGUAGCUCGCCGGAGGCCACGGGUCUGACAGUUGGUAUCAGAUUCAGGCUCCUACCCGGCACAUCGCCCUCGCGGUCGAUCGCCAUUAUCGGUUCGUUGCUAUCCUUGUUGAGUUUGCUGUUCUUCUAUGUCUCUCUCGGAGUUCCUUGUUCUUCGCGUCUGGAUUUUCUUCGUUUUCCCCUCGAUCCCAUCCAAUCUGGUCGCCGCCACGGCGAUUUCGACCUGCUCCGCCGAGUGACCGUUCGACCUCGGUGUCCACGCCCCGUCACCGGCUCCCAGUCGGCGGCGGCCACGCAGACCGCCGGUUAGCCGCUCCGGCGCCGUCGCCCACUUCCAUCGCGCCGCUUAGGUUUCUAGUUUGGGGAUCGAUUUCUCUCGCCGCUGGGUUCCUCGAUCUGGGGAAGUUUUGAAGGUGAUUCGCGACGGCCGUUUGGUGGCUUGGAUUUCGCACGGAUUUCUCUCGGCUUUCGCACGGAUCGGCUGCUUCAGGUGUUCACUCUGGACGCUCGCGGGAUUUUCUCUGGUGAGUCCGAUUACCCCGUCGACCUUGAGCUGAUCAACGGCUUGGGUUUGGGAUCGCUUGGUUCUGGUCGCACCUCGCGCUAGAACCACUCCCUGUCAUUCCCGUCCACGAUUGGUUCGGUUUCCGGCGUGAUUCACCACGGCGCCCCCAAAGCCAUCCGCGCAAACACAGAUCCUCCUCGAAGCCAUGGAAUCAUCAGAACAGCGGGGGGAUGCGCUUUGGGCUCCUGGAAGUGGCGUGCUCACUGGUAGCACCGACCCUGAUGGGUGCGGCCAUGGCGGCAGCGGGGCGAGCUACGGCGGAGAUGGCAGCCUCGACUGCGGUGGUGGUAGCGGCUACAACGGCUGCAACGACUAUGAGUGCUACAUCCGUGACGAGAAUGGUGGUGCUCCUCCGAUGCUGUCUGAAGAUACGGCACUCCCUAUGUUCGAUGAAAUGCGUCCCUCAGUUGUGGUUUGGGAUGGGGACAUCGAGCAUGACGUCAACUACCAUGGUGGGCUACUGGAUCUGCUAGCUCAUGGAGAAGAGCACUUGGUUGAUAAGAAAAUGAUCUCAAUUGCCAAUCCAGACAUCCAUCACGAGCCACCUCAUGUAAAUGGCAUCCACUUUCCUUUUGAGCUUGGUGUGGAUGCUGCGUAUGAUGGGUUUGAGGGAAUAUCCCCUUCACAUAUGGUACUGAAUGAUGAGAUGCCGCAUGACCGAGACUUGAAUGAUGGCUUGCUGCAGCAGGGGGUAUGGAGUAGUGAGUGUAAGGGUGACGAGGUUGUCAAGUGGGAUGAUGAGUUGCAGCACGACCUUGAACCACAUUGUUUGCUGCAGCACUUGGAUCAAAAUGGAGAUUAUUUGGUUAGUGAGGAGAGGAAGCUAACUGCUGAAACAUUCACCAUUAAAUUGCUUAGUCAGAACCAUGGCAUGGUGUUAAGUGAUGCUACACAGGAGGUGCUUCAGCAAAUGCCCAAGAAGAUUGUAUGGGAUGAAGAUCUGCUAUCUGGCCCCGAUGUGGGCAGCAGCUUACUACAGAAAAUAGCCCUGGACGGACAGUACUUGGAUAGUGAAAAGGCAGAGUCAAUUGUUGGGUUGAACCGUGCAGAACAAAAGUUUGAAGCAAUACUUGGCACACAAAAUGCAGAUACUUUGUUCAAUGAAGUGGUGUGGGAUGAUGGCCUAGCACCUGGCCUUGGUACGCAUAGUAGUUUGCAGAAGCAACUUGCAGGGAAGUGCAAGAAAAAUUUUCAGUUCUAUGCAGUGAGAGCCUUGUGUGGAACAACACAAACUGGACGGAUCAAUAUCAACCAGUUAGUACUUCAAAAAUCGCAAGAAGGGGUGUUAGGAUGUUUCAGCCCAUGGAAGGAUGGCACCCUACCAAUGCCGAAGGACAGGCCUAUAUGGAAGCAUAGCAACAUUGGUUCAGCAGUAGGUGAGCAUCAAUUUGCAUUAUACACGAUUGCUAUGAGACGGUGGGAUCCAGGUAUCCAUAAGUUCACAUUGUUUGAUGCUAGUGUUAUCUGGAGGUAUAUUACCAUGGUAUUUGCAUUGGGUGACAUAUCAAUGUUACUUCAGUUUAUGCAAGUGUUCAGUCUGCAUAUUGUCUAUCCUGCUGAUAUGAAGAGUCAUUUGGAUCAAGAUGGCAUGGCUAUAUUAACAGUCAGUGAGGCUUGUGGACACCAACGAGAUAUAGAAGUUGUUGUGAAACCGAGGAGCAGCAGCAGCUCAGUAACCGCUCACUCCACAAUUCUUCGUUAUAAGCGUAUAGUUGUUCCAAGUAGAGAAGAAUCAGAAGGUACCAUGUGCAAAAGAAGAUUACACCUUGUUGAUGACAAGGAUCACUAUUUACACAUUGUUAUCUUAUCAAUGAUCCAGCCAUGGGAUCCAUCUGUUCCUGAAUUCAGAGUACAGGUUGUCAAUCCUAGCAGCAUGAUUAAGCAACCUAUUCUGGAAGAAAUGCUGACAUGGAAGUUUGAUAGUUUUAUUCUGGUAGUAAGUGCUUUGCAAAUUGAUCCAUACAUGAGGAGACAAUGGGAUCCUGGUAUUGAAAUUGGCAGGUUAAAUGAUGUUGUUCAAGACAGCCUGCUCACACAAGUUCUUGAGACAAACUCAGAAUGAGAAAAGAUGGUAUGCAACCUAUUGGCGGCAAGCAUAUUGUUGCUUGGGGACAAGCAACAUUUCGGCGGGGCGGUAAUGUAACACCCAGCCCAUCUAGGCAGAUAGGUGCUAUGGGCCGUCAUGCCACUCGUAACCAAGUCUACAGCCCAAGUGGGAGAGAAACACCUCUAAAAGAGGAACGGCAACACAGGAGGGGAUAGAUCAGAAAUCAUUCAGAAUUGGGUUUUCCCCUUUCUCGGUCGUCUUCCUCACGAAGGAGCCUUCCGACGAGCUGUUCGUCCGUCUUGCUCGGCAGCGACGCCCUGUCCGCGUGCUCACAUCCCGGCAGUAGCUCGCCAGAGGCCACGGGUCGUGACAUUAAGGCCUGCUCCCAGCAGGUUGAGAUUCAAGUACGGAAGAUCUAUUGUGUCAAUAGGGCUAUACCGGUUCUUCCGAUUAACAUUGAGGACGCAGCACGGGGCGAGAUGGAAUUUGAAAAGGAUGGGCAAAAGAAAGUUCAUGUUGGCCAAGAUACCCGCUUGAAUUACAGAGCCAUUGAUCUGUGAAUACCGUCCAAUCAAGCAAUCUACCAAGUCCAGUGUCAAGUUGAAAACAAAUUCAGAGAAUUUUUAUUGUCAGAGAGCUUUGUUGGGAUCCAUACCCCGAAACUGAUUCAAGGAUCCAGCGAGGGUGGUGCAUCCGUAUUCAACCUUUUAUACAAUGGUCAGCCUGCUUGUUUAGGACAAUCUCCUCAGUUGCACAAGCAAAUGGCUAUUUGUGGUGGGUUUGAACGUGUAUUCGAGAUUGGUCCUGUGUUUAGAGCAGAAAAUUCCCACACACACAAGCAUCUGUGUGAGUUUAUAGGUCUUGAUGCUGAAAUGGAGAUUAAGGAGCACUAUUUUGAGGUUUGUGAUAUUGUAGAUGGUUUAUUUGUCUCAAUAUUUAAACAUUUGAAUGAAAACUGCAAGAUGGAACUCGAGGCAAUAAAUAGGCAGUAUCCGUUUGAACCACUAAAGUUUCUGGAUCAAACCCUGAAGCUCACUUAUGAGGAAGGAAUUCAAAUGUUGAAGGAAGCUGGAACAGAAAUUGAACCCAUGGGUGACCUCAAUACUUAUGCUGAGAAAAAGCUUGGUCGCCUUGUCAAGGAAAAGUAUGGCACAGAUUUUUUCAUUCUCUAUCAGUAUCCUCUGGCCGUACGACCAUUCUACACCAUGCCUUGUUAUAACAACCCAGCUUACAGCAAUUCUUUCGAUGUCUUCAUUCGAGGCGAGGAGAUAAUUUCUGGAGCACAAAGAAUACAUGUACCUGGGCUGUUGGACAAACGUGCUGCAGAGUGUGGAAUUGAUGUCAGUACUAUCUCGACAUACAUUGAAUCAUUCAGUUAUGGUGCACCUCCUCAUGGCGGUUUUGGGGCAGGCUUGGAAAGAGUUGUCAUGCUGUUCUGCGGCCUGAAAAACAUCAGGAUGACUUCACUCUUCCCGCGUGACCCACGGCGGCUUGUUCCUUAAUUUUAGAGGCAGGACCCAUUGUUAGGUUGUUACCACGAUCAACAACCUAUCAAGGAAGGCGUUACCAUGGACGCAGUACAAUUUAUUGCAUGACUUCUCAUACUUUUUUUUGAGCUACUUAUUAGGCUCCCAUGUACUUUUGUUCGUUUUUCUCCAUUUUUAACAUGCGCCGAUCGUUGGUAUUUCGUAAAUAUUGGAACCGCAUCAUGAUAGCGUUAAUUUGUGCAA